CCAACACUAUAUCGUCGACUGAAACUAUCCAGCAGACCAGUCUUUGUCACGCUGAGAUCGUCAAUUGCUGAUGCAUUUGCAAUGAGCCUAAACUCAAAACCUCGACACAACAUUACGAAAUAGUCAGUUCGAGAACAUGACAUCAGCCAAGGGCCGGCCGCCACCGCGCACUAUCACUCGUCUGCUAGUAGCGAACCGUGGCGAAAUAGCAACACGCAUUGUGUCAGCAGCUCGCGAACUCGGAAUAGAUACUGUGACAUUAUAUAGUCCUUCAGAUGAGAACCACACAUUCAAUUCGACAUAUCGGGUCCAGCUGCCUUCUCCGGCCUCAUACAUGAAUAUUUCAGACCUUAUUCGCAUUGCCAAAGAACAACAAGUCGAUGCUGUGCACCCGGGGUACGGCUUCUUGAGCGAGAGCGCCGAGUUUUCUCGAUGUAUGUGGGAAGAGGCUGGUGUGCAGGUUAUUGGGCCUGGAUGGGAGAUUCUAGAGAGGACUGGCGAUAAGCUGGCCGCCAAGCUGCUGGCGCGGGACGUAGGGGUGCCGGUGCUUGAAGCUACAAAUGGACCUGUGGAUGCAGACGGCGCAAAAGUUUUCAUGGAUAGUAUAGGAGGCGCGCCUAUCAUGCUUAAGGCUGUCGAUGGCGGUGGAGGACGGGGUAUACGAGUCGUCCGCCAGCCACACGACCUCCCUAGGCUUGCCAGACUUGCCAUAGCUGAGUCGCCAUCCAACCAGGUUUUCGUCGAAAGGGCGGCCACCGACGGGUUUAGACACAUCGAAGUACAAAUCAUUGGUGAUGGCACAGGUUCUGUAAGGCAUCUCUGGGAGCGCGAAUGUAGUAUACAGCGCCGCUACCAAAAAAUUGUCGAGAUCGCUCCCAGUACCAUCACCGAUAGGAGGCUCAUCAAUCGUGUGAUUGACUCAGCUUUACGAAUGGCCGAAAGAACGAGGUAUUUCUCACUAGGAACUUUCGAAUUCCUAGCCAACCCAACGACAGGCAAGUUCUUCUUCUUGGAAAUCAAUCCGCGUUUACAAGUCGAGCACACAGUCACGGAGAUCAUUGCAGAUGUGGAUAUAGUGCAAGCACAACUUCGUGUUUCUCAAGGAGAGCGACUUGAAAGCUUGGAGAUUGGCUUGCCAUAUCCAGUUCCGUCGGCGGAUACGCUUCCACCUAAGAAACAUGCCAUUCAGUUGAGGUUGACAGCAGAAAAUAUUGAUGCAGGUUGGUCAUUAAGCAUGGGCAAGAUAUCUGGGUUUCAUUUUCCUUCUGGCAAUGGAGUUCGCGUCGAUACAGCACUAAUUAAUAACCGACAUACGACGGUAACAAGUGACUUCGACUCUUUGAUCGCCAAGAUCAUCGUAACUGCCACGACAUGGGACGCAGUCGUCAGAAAAGCUCGACGUGCUUUAAUGGACACACAGAUACAUGGCGUGAAAACGAACCUUGAUGUGUUGCGUGCCAUAGUUGCAGGCUCAGCCUUCGAGAAUGGAGAAUGCGACAUUGAGUGGCUUGAGGCAGAGAUGCCAAGACUGCUGAAGACCGGACGUCAAAUCAUGUCAUCCACUGGCUUUAUAUCCAGUAAUGAUGCUUCAUCGCCGAUUAGCGAUGGUGCACAACUGAGUGGAUUGUCAUCCUCUGCAGUCCUCUUCCGCAAAGGCGACGGCUGGAAAAUCGAUCUAACGCCCAACUCGACUUCUGUGUAUGAAGAAGAUAAGCCCACUACACAUCACCUCAAACUCGAUCGCGUUUUACGUAACGAGUUUCCAUCGUUCUUUUCAGCCGAGAUAUCUUAUAGAUCUCCUUCAAGUCCAGAAGCCCAAUCAUAUAAGCUCUCCCUGACAAGUACCCAGGCCUCGUCUUCAUCCGUUCUCUCAGGUUUGAAACAUCGGAAGGGCAACCCUUCCGAUCUACGGCAUGUAGUAGUACCUUUCCCGGGACGCCUAGUUGAAAUCCUCGUAGAUGAAGGAGACGAGGUGCGGAAAGGUGACGUUAUUGCAGUGAUCCAACAAAUGAAAAUGGAACUUGAUAUCAGAAGUCCCAGUGAUGGUCGGGUGGCUUGGGUCACGGAGGCCGAGGAUGGAGAAGAUGUCGCUGAAGGGCUACUGGUGGCUGAGUUGGAGGUGUCUGGGCAAGGGGAAAGAUCAAAGUUGUAGUUCAGCUUGUUCUCUUUAGUCUGACCUAUAUACUUUAGGAAACUU